UUGUUGUAGAGCAUCGAUUGUGAAUAAAACUGCAACUACCCGUUGGCACGGCUUUAUUCUUAGUAAUGAAACUUCAUGCAUGCUCCGCUGACCGUGAACAGAAAAUGCCGGGAAAGUAAAAACGACAACGGACGGGAGAGGGGGAAAACGGACGAGACAUCUAACGGCCAGCUACUUUCCAAUCGUCUUGCACGCUUGUAGUACGCUUGUGAGCCGUCGAUCUGUAAAGUUAACCCAUUUUUUUCAUAUAGGGACAACAACAACAAUUGCAAUAGCAGGGACAAGAUUUUGAUUUUUCGCUGGGAACAACAACAACAAUUGCAAUAGCAGGGACAAGAUUUUGAUUUUUCGCUGGGAUUUUAACAAAAAUUUAGAAUUGAAGUUUUGAAUUAGAUUUUCAAGCGGUAAUGGCGAUGCACAGGAACAUUAUGGGAAGAGGAAGGGUAUUCAUAUCCUCUUUUUCUUUUCUUUUCUACCAAAACACUAGUAAGAAUUACGCUUCCACGCCUUCCUCUAUGCUCAACAGCUCUUUGAAAGCGGCGGAAGCUGCCAAAUUUGCUGCAAUGGCGGACAAAUGGUGGGAUUAUGAAGGGCCAUACAAACCUCUGCAUUUGAUGAACCCUACUAGAAUAUCCUUUAUUCGCUCAGCACUUUGUCAGCACUUCAGAAAAGAUCCAAAUAAUGCAAGGCCUUUUGAAGGAUUGAGAAUUAUUGACAUUGGAUGUGGAGGUGGAUUACUUUCUGAGCCCUUAGCGAGAAUGGGAGCACAAGUGACAGGAAUUGAUGCAGUGGAGAAAAAUAUUAACAUGGCAUCAGUGCAUGCUGUGAGAGAUCCAUUGACUGCAUCAAUAGAUUAUCGGUGCACCACAGCUGAGCAGCUGGUACAAGAGGAAGAACACUUUGAUGCUGUAAUUUCACUUGAGGUGAUUGAGCAUGUUGCAAACCCUCAGGAAUUUUGCAAAUCUUUGGCAGCAUUGACCAUUGACAAUGGAGCCAUAUUUAUCUCAACAAUUAAUCGGACAAUACGAUCAUAUAUUGCAGCCAUUGUUGCAGCCGAGUAUAUCCUAGGUUGGCUUCCAAGAGGAACACAUGAUUGGUCCAAUCUAAUUACUCCAAAUGAACUUGUUUUGCUCAUGAAGCAUGCUUCUAUUAUGGUCCAGGAAAUGGCAGGACUUACCUACGACCCUUUGAGGCACAGUUGGAACUUAUCAGAUAAUACAGAUGUUAACUAUAUUUGUUUUGGAGUGAAGAAAGAUACAUAAGUUCAUAAUGUGUUUUGCUUUUCAGGUGUGUUGUAUGGUAUAGCAUACAUCAGCACUAUUAUUAUCUUUCAAAAUAUUUGAUGAGAAUGGUGCAGCCAAAUGUUGUUUAGUUGCUAAAGUGUUCUGUGAGCUGGGUUUUUGAAAAAACUUUCUCCAAUGAAAUGAUGCAAUGCCUACAGGGUUGCAAGCAAUCUAAUGUAUCAUAUGUUCACUAAAUAUUUCUCGUUACAAAGGAAACAUGUGAUACUCCCUGAUUCUUUAUGCCAACAAACUUUUGAAUUCCGAGUAUAGAAUGUAGAUGUUAUACUCCCCAAUUCUUUCCGUCCAACGAACUUUUGAAUUCUGAGUAUAGAAUGUAAUAAGUUAUAUGGCAGCUUCAUCACCUAGUGCUUUUUGAACAGGAUAAAUUCAUGGAUUGAUGUUUAUUUUGUUUUAAUUAUUAUUGAUUGAUCCCUGUUCAACAUCA